CGUGCAGUACAAACUAAUUUUCCAUCAUUCUUCAUCAUCAUCCAUCAUCUUCAUAAAAUCAUAUUUCUCACUUUUCUUCGAUUUUCUACAAUCAUGUCGUCGUCCAAGAAGAUCAUCCUCAAGAGCUCUGAUGGCGAGCCUUUCGAAGUCGACGAGGCCGUGGCGCUCGAGUCCCAGACCAUCCGCCACAUGAUCGAGGACGAUUGCGCCGAUAACGGCAUCCCUCUCCCCAACGUCUCCAGCAAGAUCUUGGCCAAGGUCAUCGAGUAUUGCCGCAAGCACGUCGACGCUUCCAACUCCGAGCCGCGCGCCUCUGAAGAAGACCUCAAGGCCUGGGACCGGGACUUCGUUAAUGUUGAUCAAGCUACUCUCUUCGAUCUCAUUCUGGCUGCAAAUUAUCUGAACAUCAAGAACUUGUUAGACCUAACAUGCCAGACUGUUGCUGAUAUGAUCAAGGGGAAGACCCCAGAGGAGAUCCGGAAGACCUUUAACAUCAAGAACGACUUCACACCGGAGGAAGAGGAGGAAGUUCGCAGGGAGAAUCAGUGGGCUUUUGAAUGAUUUUAAGCCUCAUAAGAGUGAUCAAAGAUAUUGAUCUGUAUGGCUGUACAUAGUACUAGUAGCAUGUAUGCACUUCUUUUUAGUUCUUUUGGGUGUAUUUAAGCACUGUGGUAUUCACAUUGAGUUUGAAAUGGUACCUUUUGAACCUAAUCAUCAUUGUAUAAUUUUUUUUCUAAUGAUCAAUUCUGUGAGCAAAGCAGUGGUUACCUAGUU